CUGACGUCACGAAGGGGGGCGGUCCCACAUUUGAUGACCUCAUUGUAUAUACGAGCGCUAGCGACCGAGGUCGGUUAUUUUAUCUCACACUCGGCCUUGUUGUUGCGUCUAAGGGACCGGGUUGGCUCUUUUGAGGUGGCCAUAGACGCCAAGAAACAUAAGUGACGGCGCAUUGAGUUGGCCACAGCCGCUGAGAAGGUUGCCAUCGCAACGCGGCCGCUGGAGGGUUUCGUUUCCGGGUUAGGCGGCCGCGGAGGCGUAGACGGAAUAGCGGCUAUUCCGGUUACCCUUUCCCAGUGCCAGAGGCGCCUAGGGUUGGAAUCCUCACGCGACUCCCGGAACAGAGAGACUAGACACCGAGCCGCGGCUUCCGCGAGAUCGAGGGACGCGCUAGCCAGAGGAGAAGAAAGGAACCCGGGUCGGACCAGAUCGGAACCGCUGACCAUUGCCCAUGGCGGCCCUAGGCCCCAGCAGCCAGAACGUCACUGAAUACGUCGUUCGAGUUCCGAAGAAUACAACCAAAAAAUAUAACAUCAUGGCUUUUAAUGCAGCUGAUAAAGUCAACUUUGCCACGUGGAAUCAGGCCCGGCUGGAGCGGGACUUGAGCAACAAGAAAAUCUACCAAGAGGAGGAGAUGGCCGAGUCAGGCGCGGGCAGCGAGUUCAACCGCAAGCUCCGGGAGGAGGCUCGGAGGAAGAAGCUCGGCAUCGUCCUCAAGGAGUUCCGGCCCGAGGACCAGCCCUGGCUGCUCCGCGUCAACGGCAAAUCCGGCAGGAAGUUCAAGGGCAUCAAGAAGGGAGGCGUGACAGAAAAUACGUCCUACUAUAUCUUCACCCAGUGCCCCGACGGGGCCUUUGAGGCCUUCCCCGUGCACAACUGGUACAAUUUCACGCCGCUGGCCCGGCACCGCACGCUCACUGCUGAGGAGGCUGAGGAGGAGUGGGAGAGGAGGAACAAGGUGCUGAACCACUUCAGCAUCAUGCAGCAGCGGCGGCUCAAGGACCAGGACCAGGACGAGGACGAGGAGGAGAAGGAGAAGCGCGGCCGCAGGAAGGCGAGCGAGCUGCGCAUCCACGACCUGGAGGACGACCUGGAGAUGUCGUCUGAUGCCAGUGACGCCAGCGGUGAGGAGGGUGGUAGAGCCCCCAAGGCCAAGAAGAAGGCGCCCCUGGCCAAGGGCAGCAGGAAGAAGAAGAAGAAGAAGGGCUCAGAUGAUGAGGCCUUCGAGGACAGCGAUGAUGGGGACUUCGAGGGCCAGGAGGUGGACUACAUGUCGGACGGCUCCAGCAGCUCCAUGGAAGAGCCUGAGACCAAGGCCAAGGUGCCGCAGCAGGAGGAGGGGCCCAAGGGCGUCGAUGAGCAGAGCGACAGUAGCGAGGAGAGCGAGGAGGAGAAGCCACCUGAGGAGGACAAGGAGGAGGAGGAGGAGAAGAAGGCGCCCACCCCGCAGGAGAAGAAGCGCAGGAAAGACAGCAGCGAUGAAUCAGACAGCUCAGAGGAGAGUGACAUUGACAGUGAGGCCUCCUCGGCCCUCUUCAUGGCGAAGAAGAAGACACCGCCCAAGAGAGAGCGGAAGCUGUCGGGAGGGAGCUCAAGGGGCAACAGCCGCCCGGGCACGCCCAGCACAGAGGGCGGCAGCACCUCCUCCACCCUGCGUGCCGCCGCCAGCAAACUCGAGCAAGGGAAGCGGGUGAGCGAGGCGCCUGCAGCCAAGCGGUUACGUCUGGACGCGGGGCCCCAGAGCCUGUCCGGAAAGUCGACUCCCCAGCCACCAUCCGGCAAGUCGACACCCAGCAGCGGAGACGUGCAGGUGACUGAGGACGCCGUGCGCCGCUACCUGACGCGGAAGCCCAUGACCACUAAGGACCUGCUGAAAAAAUUCCAGACCAAGAAGACGGGGCUGAGCAGUGACCAGACGGUGAAUGUGCUGGCCCAGAUCCUCAAGCGCCUCAACCCCGAGCGCAAGAUGAUCAACGAUAAGAUGCAUUUCUCCCUCAAGGAGUGAGCCUUUGUCCAAUACACAGCUCUGCUCUCCAGAACUUCUCGGGCUCUCACUGCCCCUUUGCCGUCCUGCUCCCUGACUGCCAGGGCCCCAGAGUUAGCAAUUUUGGAAAAGUUUAAGCCAUUUCCUCCUCUGGCCCUUCUGGAAUCUUCAGCUGCCUGGUAGGCCUUCUUAUUGUCCUCUUUCUCCCUGCUCAGCCUCCCUCAUGCUGACCAAGGCCUGUGCUGCCCACUGGGUAGCAGUUCUGCCUUCCACUUCCUUAGGCCUCUCUUCAGCCGUGACUUCAUCUACCACGUAGCCCAUUAGGUCUUCAGUUUUGGCCAGGCAUGAUAGUGAGUGCCUGCGGUCUCAGCUACUUGGGAGGCUGAGCCCAGGAGUUCAAGCUUGCUGUGAACUAUGUUGGUGACACUGUACUCCAGCCUGGGUGACAGAGCAAGACCCUGGCACA